AUGUCUGACAAGAUCGAAGUCCUCCUCUUUGGCCUCGGCGCCAUCGGCUCCUUCUACGCCUUCAUCCUGUGCAGCUGUCCCCGCGUGCGUCUGACGGUCGUCGCUCGCUCGAACUACGCCGCCGUCAAGGAGAAUGGCAUCCUGCUGAAAAGCGCCAACCACGGCGAGCACCGCUUCCACCCGGACCACGUGAUCCGCUCGCCCUCGGAACUCAGCCCCGACUCCGCCCCAUUCGACUACGUCGUCUGCACGAACAAAGCCAUCGACGUGGACAGCGUCGCCCGCGCCCUGGCGCCGGCCAUUUCGGGUAGCACCGCGAUCGUGAUCAUCCAGAACGGCGUGGGCAACGAAGAGCCGUUCCGGCGGCUGUACCCCGAGAACCCGAUCAUCUCGUGCGUGACAUGGGUAGGAGCCCACCAACCCACCCCCGGGGUAACAACGCACACGACCUCCGAAGCAACGCAACUGGGCCUCUACGCGCCCACCAGCCCAUCCGCAGUGCCCAGCCUGUCGACAUUCAUUGACAUCCUGAGCACGCCGGAGAACCCGCAUCCGACGCCGCUGACGCCACUCGCGCCGGACGCCUUGCAGCGCACCCGCUGGGAGAAGCUGAUGUGGAACUGCGCCUGGAACACGCUGACCAGCCUGACGGCGCAGGACUGUCAGGCCUGGUUGCGGUCCUCGGACGAGGCGCUACCGCUGACGAAGCGGCUGAUGCGCGAGGUGGUCAGUGUGGCGCAUGCGUCUGGCGUGGCGUUGCGCGAGUCCUUGGUCGAGGAGCAGAUUGCUCGCAUGCAGGGGCUGGGAGCUGCGAGGACGAGUAUGCAGACUGAUCGCGAGAUGGGGCGGCGCAUGGAGGUGGAUGUUAUUAUUGGGACGGUGGUGAAGGGGGCGAGAAGGGUGGGGGUUGAUGUGCCUGUGCUGGAGACGGUUUAUGCGUUGAUAAGGGCGGUGGAUGGGUUGGCGGGGGCUGGUACUGGAGGUGGGGCUGGGGCUGGGGAGGUUAGGGGGAGAAUGUAG